CUUCUAAACAUUUUAGCCUUGCCUAGAAUUAAUUAGCCUGCGCGUAGUCAUUUGUUUCGUACGUGCACAUUCAUUUUAUGUGUGUUCCGUCCGCGCCUACCGCCUCAGAAUGUCAGCCCAGAAGAUGGGAAGACUGGCUGUUUUUGUGGUUUUUCUUUGAGAUUUGGUUCUUUGCCUUUGAAGAAUGAGAUUCUGUCUGCAGAGAGAUGCCGGUAACUGGAUAAGUAUCAACUAAGCAAUGACCAGUCAUUCUGCGUCCAUUCAUCUGGUCAUCCAACCAUCUGUCCUCCCCUUCCUAGCAUCCCUGAGCUACUGUCCCCAUGUCUCAGGCGUACGGUCGCAUGUACCAUCCCAAUCCCCAUCACCACACUCAUCACCAUCAUCAAGUCCAAGUUCCUCCUCACCGCUCAGCAGGUGAGUCAUCCCAUCACUCUGGGGGAUACCAGAGUCCACACCGAGGUUACCAUCAGAACCACUACGGCAGUCCUCCCCCACGACCAAGCCCUGCCCACAGCAACUACAACAACUCUGUCUCUGUCUAUUCCGUCCCGAAACCACCCCGCCCCUAUAAUAACUACGGCAACCGGCGUGGCCGAGGUGGUAGCAACACUGGGCGUGGUGGUUACCAUAACAACCACAGCAAUCAUCACCAUAGCAUCCACAGCAGUCAAGGUUACAGUAACCAUGCCCAUAACAAUUAUCGACCGCAUCCACCGGACUUUGAUUUAGAAUGGGACCAUUACGAAUUUAGUUCAGAGAAACCAACAGGAAAGCAGACCACUCGACAGAGGAGCUCUCACUUACAUCAUGGUGGUGGUCCAACAUUGCAUGAUGCAGAACUUGAAUGGGAUGACUAUGAUCUAAGACCUAAAGAAGAAGAAGAAGAAGCAGUAGAAACUGUGGAUUACAUUCUAACAGAAGGUGUCUUUCCCAUGAUCGGUGUUGUCACCAAAGCUCCUCUCUCUCGUGGCCAUAUUCCUCUUGGCGCAAUCCAGGUUUGUCGUUUCCCCCAAGGAGGUGCAUCUUUUAAGACUUUCACCUCUUCUGACCAUCUCUCCAAGUCUCUCCGGCUGAACAAGGAACUUCUUGUGCUGACCAGUGAGUUGAAUGAGGGCGCUUUGUUCUCCACAGGAAUCAACAGUCCUAGCGAGAACAAGGACUUCUUGUUAGCUGACCUGGCUUUGACCCGUGACAAGGACUCAUCUUCCAGUCCCACAGACACCCCUUCCAGAGAUGGUGAGAGUGAAGAAACCUCCAAUGGAAUAUCUGAGGAGGACCUUGAUGAGGAUUUCCUGAAUGACACCUAUGAAUCUGGUUACCAGGAUCGUCUGGGUGAUAUUGACCUGUAUGCCCUUGCCCCACAUGAUUUCGACUCGCCUGAUUCAACAUUCAGCCGAUCUUUAGCUGACUUGACAGACAUCAGCCUGUAUGAAGAGCUUGGCAUUGACCCUAGCCUCCUGCGACAUAGUCUUGAAAGGUCAAGGUCACUUGGAGAUGCUACAAGAGCACAAGAUGCCUCUAAAGACAGAAGCUUGAAAGGAGUCAAGGUCAAGAAGAGAAAGAGGAAAGGGUCUGAGAAGGUCGAGGAAUCCUUGGCAGGAGGUGGAGAUGAAGGCUCUGAGAAGAAGACAAAGAGACUAGCUCCUAACUUCUUUGUAGCAGUUCAGGUUUCCAAUCCUCAGAUCCAUGAGGCCUUGAGAGAUGUCCAGCAGACGGUCCUGUCUGGAGAUGAAAAGUUGAAGGAUGCAAUGGUUCCUAUAGCAACGCUGCAUCUAACCAUCAUGGUGAUGCACCUAGCAACUGAGGAGGAUGUUGAAAGAGCUAAGAUAGCCUUGAAUGAGUGUCAUCGAAUUCUGAGUCCACGCUUCAUGAAGGAGAAACUGAGUAUCUUGUUUGGAGGACUGGGCCAUUUCAACAACCAAGUCAUGUUUGCUAAGAUUAAGGAUCAGGAUAACAUCUUGGAGAGCCUUUAUGAGAUAGCAGACACAGUAGAGAAAUGUUUCUCAGAGUACCAGUUGGUUUCAACCGGGGAGCGUGGUUUCAAGCCCCACUUGACUGUAAUGAAGUUGUCUCGAGCGCCAAGUCUUCGCAAGAAAGGUGUUCGUAGGAUCAAGUCCGAGCUGUAUAAGCCCCACAACACUCAGAUGUUUGGAAUGCAGGUGGUUCAUGGUUUACAACUUUGUUCAAUUAAUAAACCAAAGUCAGCUGACGGCUACUACUACAAGGCUGCCGAAGUCUUGUUUGGAGAUCCAACCUGUUCACCAGAUCGUGAUAUGCACACAAUAACAGAAGAACCGUCCAAUGAAUCUUUGAAUCACAUUGACUCUCAGCCAACUGCCGACACAUCAGAAUUAACAGACACCAGAUCAAGUGCAAAGAGUGCAGGGUGUCCAGAACAGCAGAUGGAUUGCGAUGAUGGUGAGCGUAGUCUUGAUACACCGCCCUGUGACUCACCAAAAGCUGAAAGUGUGUCUGAGAGUAGAGAUAUAAGUCUGGAUGUUAAACAUCAACCUUCAUCCCGUCCGAUAUGUGAAAGUCUUAUAAACAGUGAUAGCUCUGUGGCAGAGGUUGAUGGACAGAAGGAUGACCUGUGCUCACAUACAAGUAGUGACACAACCCAGGACACAGCCAGUGGGGUCACCAGUGAUACACCUGGGGUGACUACUGUCGACACUGCCCAUAGUGGACCCAGUGUUUCUUCAAACAGCACAACCAAAGGCACAAGUGACACCGCACAAAAUUCAUCCUGUGACCCCUGCAUGGAUUCUGGUGUAGUCUCCACUACAGGCGCUACUGAGGAUUCAGUGGCUGAUUCAGGCCAUCACAUUGAAAGUGGCAAAGUUGAUAAACCUGACAUCUCACAAGCUGGCUCCAAGGAAAAUGGCUGAGAUGAAUGGUUGUGGAGAUAUCACACAGAGACUGAUUUUUAAAUUGAAUAUGCAAGAGAUUGUGGAAAUUUGUGGAUUGAAGGGAUUGGCUUCACCAAUCUUUAUGAAACAAAUGGUAAGUGCUUCCACUUUAUAAUUGUAUUUGUGUAUAUAAAUCUUAAAAAAGGUAUCCUGAGAAUACUGAUUAUUUGGGCAGUGCAGGCAAUUGUUAAAAUCUUCCAGUGGGGACUUUUGUUGGUGUUAUCAUAGCGUCAGUUUUACUAAAGUUGCAGGACAGAUUCUGAUGAUGAAUUGGACCCAUGAUAAUGAGCUGGUUUAUAAUAGUGCCUCAAAGAGGACACCAAUAUUUGGCAUAGUGUUGGGGGAACUUAUUUUCCUGCCUUUGAAGUUACACUUCGAAACGGUGCAUGCUGACAGGCUUUGUAUGUUUUACCAAAAUGUUGUACCAGAUUCUAAAAGAUUAUUCCAAAAAUUGAAUUGGACUUUUCUCCUCGAAAUCAGUUGAUUAUUUGCUGAAGGGAUGUGCCGAGCUAGUCACAAGAGGGCGCCAGUCAUAUAAAUUAUUCUCCUUGUAUGCAAGCAAAUUGGAUUGACAUAUGCAUUGGUAAGAUGGCGCUAGAAAUUUCCAUGAAACCAAGUGGUUUCUUAAAUGAUAGAAAGUGGAUGUUUGGCUAUACAGAGGGCGCCAUAACAUCCACUUUUCUUUCUACUGUUGCAAACCUCCCAAUAGAACUGUGCAAUACCUCUCUUUAAUGUACAUGUAGUUCUUUUGGAGGCUGUGGUCAGCCUGACAAGUUGAAUAACUUAUGAUAAACAGAAAAUAAUUCGUUGUGAAUUCUUUGACAAAAUGUUUGGAGUUCUUGAGCUACCAGAAUCCUCAUUAGUACAGCCAGCCUUCACAAGUAAUUGGUGUUUGAUGUACUGCAUGUCAUCAACAUUCAUACUGUAGUAAGACAUGUACAAUAUAGGAUUACCAAAUGUAGACACACCUAAAUGUGGACCGGGGGGGGCUGAGGGGCAUGGGCCUCACCAACCAUCAUUAUCUUUCCCAUAGUUUUUCUUUAAAUCUGGAAAAUUUUGAAUCAGGUUUUGUUUGAAUGGAGCAAUACUGUAAUUAAAACAGAAAGUAAAGAGCAAAUCUGAACUCAUCAGGAAUGAGUUGUGUAGAUUCCAGGGCUGUUCAGUAAAGAACAGUCUUUGGCUGUUAUUUUGUUGCCGUAUUUUGCCAUGUACUGGCAGUUAAUGCCAUUGCCAAUGAACACAAAUGCAUGGUCGUGUACAUGUACAUUUUGCCUUUUGAUGAGACAUGAGAAAUUAAGAAUUCAUAUUUGGUACUCUGAAAUGUACAUCCAUGAAUGUAUUGUGUUACUGCUUACAUUCUUAGAGUUAUAUGCUUGCAAACGUGUGGAAUACAGCUGAGUUGGUCUAAAUCUGCAAUACCUGAUAACAUCAUUGUAAACAUGUCCCGAACACCUGCAGCCAAAUUGGUAGAGCUGUACCGGUAUAAUUUCCUCAGUAAAGCCAGGUUCUCUGCCUAAUGUCUGCUGAUGUAUUGUCUGUGAUGCUUGUGAUCAAUUGAAAGCAUAUACAUUUUGAAAGCAGUCAUUUCUGCUUAAGGCCACAUGAAAAUAAUUCCUAGUUCCUCAAAUUGAGUAGUAAUGAGAUAUAUUCCCCUUUAUUUCUGCCAACAUCCACACUUAUUAGCCAGGGAUGACAUUUCAAGUUGGACGAUUGAGUGAAUUUGGAAAUCAAAUUGAUGGUCUAAGGUGUGGGGAGUAACCCCUCAAACAGGCUAGUACAUUGCUGCCAUCUUGCUGCCAUCCAGACUAAUUAUGGUAAUGAGCAGUAUUCCAAUGUAAUUAAUCAAUAAAAAUUCUGCUUUGACAUUUGUUUGAUAUUUCAAUUAAAGUUUCGAUAAAUGAAAUUGAUACAGCAUUACUUUUGGAUGUGGAUGAGAAAUGGGAAAUUUUUUUAUUAGGCCAUAAGUUCUACAAACGUUGGCUUGCUUUGUACAGAAACACAGAAGUUGCAUUUAGGAGACUUUCUAGCAAGGUGCUGUGGGUAUCUUGGUGUGCUUAUUGGUUUACUGAGACAAGUAAAAACAGUAGCUUUUGUUUUCAAAAAUGCAAGGAGGAACAAGAUUUUUAAAGUCUUGGGUAAAAUAAUAUUUGUCUUGCAAGCAUAUAUUCUUUAGAAUGUUGCAAUAUUUAUCUUGAGUUAAGUGGAUAUUACAUGUAUGUGCCAUAAUUUCAUUGUGCAUUUGUACAGAUAUCGUGCCUUUUAAAAAGUGCCUUCAAAAGCAGUAUUAGAGAAUUCCAAUAUUUUGGGGUGUAGGGUUUGAUAUUACUAUCACAUGUUUGAUAAGAAUAUGCAUUUCCUUUCUAAGCAAGGUUGAGGCAUACAUGUAGUAUUUCUUUACUUCUAAUCAUAAACUUUUGUCUGCCAGCAAAGAUAUCUUAAAUCUUAACCUCCCAGUUCUUGAACCUCCUUAUUGGCUGAUUGGAUUUCAAUGCAGAUUUCAACUCUUUUCUGUUUUAAAUGUGUGCACCAUUGAAUAAUUAAUAAACAUCAGGUUUGGCUGGAUAUUUGGAUUGUGUAAUGGAAACUUUGUAAAAUGUGGCAAGAUCCCACAAAAUGACACCUACAGCGUUUUUCUUCAGUACAUGUCAUUUAUUUUAAAGAACUGGCCUUUUUGUUACAAAUGUGAAUUACAUAUCUUGGUUGGCUGGAGUUCUGUCGGGGGGGAGUGUUCUUCAAAGAUGUCUGUAGUGCUCAGUUUAUUUUUGCUUCAAUACUGUAGACGAUGUAUAUUUUUUGAUAGGUUAUGUGUAUUCAUUAUUGAGAGGAACCCAGAUUACGUCAUGUUUAGAAAUAUUUAAUAAAUCGAACCAAAAAUAUUAAAAUUUGAUGAA